GUGGGUGGAGGAACCGAUUUAAGGCUAACUCGAAGCUGCGGAACCUUGGGGCGGCGUUCAAGGCCCCCUCCCACACACGCGCGCGGAGCCGAACACCCUGCUCCUCCUUCAGCCGCUGGCGUCACCUCGCAGGGAGAAAGGAGCCGUCUCUGGGCGUCCGGGGACCUGCAAAGCUGAGGGCAGAGGAAGCGGCCGCGGCGGAGCCGGGCAGGCACCCCCCACCCGAGCAAUCCCCUUCGGGGCGGGCGAAGCAGGUGGCAUACGGGGCCAGGAUAGGUUCGCCCACCCGGGAUACGCACAUACGCACGCACCCACAGUCAUCUCCAAAGGACCCUCCCGGAGUCUCUAAGGACCCGGAGUCGCCCCUUCUGCCCUCUCCCCUCAACGCCGGAGCCCCAGGCGGGGCCCCCGGAAUCGGACGUCCCCACGCCUCCGGGCACCUGGCUCAACAGGAGUCCCCCGGGUCCGGGCAGGGCAGGGCCGGCGGCGGCGAGCCGGAGCCCGCCCUGAGCCCGGGCCCCACCGAGCCCUCGGAACCCACCCAUGGGACACCAGCUCCCCGUGUCCCCUCGCCCAGCCGCGCCCAGCCCUGCGCCCUGAGCCGCGCAGAGGAGGAGUCCGGCGCAGUGACCCGGGAGCCGCCGCAGACUCUGGAAGGCUCGGCGGCUGGAGAGCCAGGCGGUUCCCCGCACCUCCAGGCGCUUCCAGGCAUCCCUCCCAGCCGCGCCAGAGGCCUGGCCCGCCAUUCCCAGCCCCGAGCCAUGAUGAAGACCUUGUCCAGCGGGAACUGCACGCUCAGCGUGCCAGCCAAGAACUCGUACCGCAUGGUGGUGCUGGGCGCCUCGCGGGUGGGCAAGAGCUCCAUCGUCUCUCGCUUCCUCAACGGCCGCUUCGAGGACCAGUACACGCCCACCAUCGAGGACUUCCACCGGAAGGUCUACAACAUCCGCGGCGACAUGUACCAGCUGGACAUCCUGGACACGUCUGGCAACCACCCCUUCCCCGCCAUGCGCAGGCUCUCCAUCCUCACAGGCGAUGUCUUCAUCCUGGUGUUCAGCCUGGAUAACCGCGAGUCCUUCGACGAGGUCAAGCGCCUCCAGAAGCAGAUCCUGGAGGUCAAGUCCUGCCUGAAGAACAAGACCAAGGAGGCGGCGGAGCUGCCCAUGGUCAUCUGCGGCAACAAGAACGACCACGGCGAGCUGUGCCGCCAGGUGCCCACCACCGAGGCCGAGCUGCUGGUGUCCGGCGACGGCAACUGCGCCUACUUCGAGGUGUCGGCCAAGAAGAACACCAACGUGGACGAGAUGUUCUACGUGCUCUUCAGCAUGGCCAAGCUGCCGCACGAGAUGAGCCCCGCGCUGCACCGCAAGAUCUCCGUGCAGUACGGGGACGCCUUCCACCCCAGGCCCUUCUGCAUGCGCCGUGUCAAGGACAUGGACGCCUACGGCAUGGUCUCGCCCUUCGCCCGCCGCCCCAGUGUCAACAGUGACCUCAAAUACAUCAAGGCCAAGGUCCUCCGGGAGGGCCAGGCCCGAGAGCGGGACAAAUGCACCAUCCAGACACCCCAACAGCAGUCACGUUCCAAGACCUUUGGCGCCAGACUGGAGGACCCCGGCCUCUAACCUCUAUACAGUCUCCUGCCUUCAGUCACUUCCUUCCAAUUCCUUCUUUCCACCGCUCCCCCUUGGUGUCGGCUUCUCCGUCGGGGGGUGGAUCUCUGCCAGGCGGGAGGUAAGGCUGGGUGACAUAUGGAUGUAUGCCUGGACCCAAGUCAGAGCUAGCCUACCCUUGCAAGAAACGCUGAUGCCAGAGGGGCCAGGACGCCUGCAUCUGUUGGAGCGGUGGGGCACAUCACAGGUGAAAACCAUACCCAGAGCCCGCUGAGAGAGGGCUCUGCUCUCCUGGUGGAAGUCCCGGCUUGCUUUAGGUGGCAGCUGCAAGUCCCUCCUCCCCCCCGCACCCCAUCCUGAAGCUCUCACCCUCUGGCUCAGCUGUUUCCAUCCCCCAACUCGCAAGGUGGCCCCCCCGCUGUCCCCGCCACUGAGCCAGAAGCGUCUGGGGGUUGGAAGGUGGGCGUGGCUACGGCACCUGGACCGCCCAUCUCCCGGGACCGCCUUCCUCAGCCUCCUGUGCCAGGUUCCUGUCUGCUGGAUGUGCUUUGUCGUCGCAGCCAUCAUGUGGCUCCCAGUGGAAAUGGACAUUGGUGUACUGUACAAGCUGAGUGACCCCUCGGCGGCCAGGCGCCCCGUCUCCACUUGGGACCCCUUCCAGUCCCGCUCCCUGACCUUGUUCCCGAGCUGGACGCUGCCCGCCUACCCAGCUUCAGCAUUAACACGUGCACAGGCAGAGCAGGCUGGGGCUGCUUCUCCUCCUGCCCCUGGUCACAGAGGAGGCCAGAGGAGGCGGCUGAGAUUCAGAGGGUCAAGUGACACGCCCCAGCUCCGCCUCUCGGCUAGUUCAAGGCAGAAUUCCACCUGGAGCCAGGCUGUCCUCUGCUGUGCUUAUUCCUCAAGCAUUCAUUGAGCACCUUUGGGUGCUGAGUCCACUGCGUGCGUGGAAACAAAGAGGAUGAGCAAUGCACUUUACACCCCAAGGCCCAGCUUCCCUGGCUCUGACCUCAACCCACCCCACCCCCACCCCGCCCCCGGCCUCUGCCCACCCCUCCUGUCCCACUGCCUCUUGCACAUGCAGCUGUUGGGAGGCGUGGAGCUGGAAGCCAGAGCUGAGCCCAGGACAGGUAGAUGAGAAGGAUGCAGGGUGGGCCUUUUCCUUGUGCUAGGGAUUGGGCUGUGCUGGGCAUCAGGCGUGGUGGGUUUUGAACCUGUGGACCAAAGGCUCUUGCCAUCCACUCUUAACAGAUACAUUUUAUAUUUUAAAUCUCCCUGAAAUUCUUGGAAGUCUAAGUCCACAGGGAACCUUCUGUGAUUAUCCAGUGAAUCUUUCUGAGGCCCAGAGAGGGUAGGUAACUUGCCCCAGGUCACACAGCUAACCUAUGAGUGGCAGAAGCAGCGUUAGGUCCGGGCAUUCGGCACACACCAUGACGUGCCCCUCUCCUGAUGCUGUCCCAGCCCCUGGGGACUCUGGGGAUUUGAGGUGUCAUCUCCCUGUCCCUCUCCCUAGAUCGGCCUCUGAGGGCUCCUGUAGAUUCUGUGUACAUUGUACUCAUGUAUAUACCUGCACAUGCACGUGAAUACACAGAUACACACGUGCCUGGCCUCAGCUCUGCACCCCCCACACCCCUACCCUGAGCCCUGCUGCUCAAGGCAGCUGCUCCGACCCUGCUUCUGUGCCCCUGCCCAGCCCCAGCCCCAGUCCUCUACGUGGACCAGGUACCUUGGCCAGGACAGGUGUGUGGCUGGUCUCACCUGGUCACACCCCUGCUUCCCCAUAUCUCUGUGUACACUCUCAAUUAAAGUGGGUUUGUUUCUAA